AUGAGUCCAUUCUGCCUUGUCUAUGGAAAGGCAUGUCACCUUCCAGUGGAGGUGGAACACAAGGCAUACUGGGUGGUGAAGGAAUGCAACUUAGGAUUAGGGGGAGCCGGCAUUGAAAGGGAAUUGGAAUGCCUUCACCUAAAAGCAUAUGAGAACUCUAGACUCUACAAGAAAAAGGUGAAGGUGGUGCAUGACAAGAAUAUCAAGAGAAGAGAGUUUAGAGCUGGGGAUUUAGUCCUCCUCUAUAACUCACGGUUGAGACUCAUGCCAGGUAAGUUGCGAUCAAGGUGUGAAGGACCCUACAGAGUGAAAAAGGCAGAACCAUAUGGAGUCUUCCACCUGAGUCAUCCUUCAAGCCCCACUUUCUUCAAGGUCAAUGGCCACCGCUUGAAGCUAUAUCAUGGUGAAAAGAUGAAGAACAGCAAGGAGUUGAAGAUCUUCCUCUUGGCGGAUCCAGCAACAGCAGAAGACUAA